AUGCACGCGCACCUUCACCGGUCCUCUUUAGCCCACAGCUACAUAUUUAUACCCCGUGCUGCCCGCUCCAUAGCUCAUCACGCAGCUCCAUCAACCGCUCUACUCCUGUGCCUCACCAAGAGUAGUAAAAUGGAUGCCCAGAACAAGGAGGUCGCCGCCCUGGUGGAGAAGAUCACCGGCCUCCACGCCGCCAUCGCCAAGCUGCCGUCGCUCAGCCCAUCCCCGGCCGUCGACGCGCUCUUCACCGAGCUGGUCAUCGCGUGCGUCCCCCCGAGCCCCGUGGACGUGACCAAGCUCGGCCCGGAGGCGCAGGAGAUGCGCGAGGGCCUCAUCCGCCUCUGCUCCGAGGCCGAGGGGAAGCUGGAGGCGCACUACUCCGACAUGCUCGCCGCCUUCGACAACCCGCUCGACCACCUCGGCGUGUUCCCCUACUACAGCAACUACGUCAACCUCAGCAAGCUCGAGUACGAGCUGCUGGCGCGCUACGUGCCCGGCGGCAUCGCCUCGGCCCGCGUCGCCUUCAUCGGCUCCGGCCCGCUCCCGUUCAGCUCCUUCGUCCUCGCCGCGCGCCACCUGCCCGACACCAUGUUUGACAACUACGACCUGUGCGGCGCGGCCAACGAGCGCGCCAGCAAGCUGUUCCGCGCGGACACGGACGUGGGCGCCCGCAUGUCGUUCCACACGGCCGACGUCGCGGACCUCGCCGGCGAGCUUGCCAAGUACGACGUCGUCUUCCUGGCGGCGCUCGUGGGCAUGGCCGCCGAGGAAAAGGCCAGGGUGAUCGCGCACCUUGGCACGCACAUGGCAGACGGGGCGGCCCUCGUCGUGCGCAGCGCGCACGGCGCACGCGGGUUCCUAUACCCGAUCGUGGACCCCCAGGACAUCGGCCGAGGCGGGUUUGAGGUGCUGGCCGUGUGCCACCCCGACGACGACGUGGUGAACUCCGUCAUUAUCGCACACAAGUCGAAGGACAUGCAUGCCAGUGGACUUCGCAGCGAGCGUGCCGGUGGUGGGCAGUAUGCGCGUGGCACGGUGCCGGUGGUCAGCCCGCCGUGCAGGUUCGGCAAGAUGGUGGCCGACGUGAACCAGAAGAGAGAGGAGUUUGCCAAGGCCGAAGUGGCUUUUUGA